ACGUCUCUGUAUAUAAAAGCUCGAGGACCCAGCCGGCGGCGCUCUGCCUCUUUGGGUGUUUCUUCUUCUUCUUCGCAUUUCGUUGGCCUCUGCUUCAUCUCCGGCUACAAUGGUGGCGGCCAAGAAGACGAAGAAGUCCCAUGAGGGAAUUAACAGCAGAUUGGCUCUUGUAAUGAAGAGUGGCAAGUACACUCUCGGGUACAAGUCUGUCCUCAAAACUCUCCGCUGCUCAAAGGGGAAAUUGAUACUUAUCUCCAACAACUGUCCACCAUUGCGGAGGUCGGAGAUUGAGUACUACGCUAUGCUCGCCAAAAUUGGUGUCCAUCACUACAAUGGAAAUAACGUCGAUCUUGGUACAGCUUGCGGGAAGUACUUCCGUGUAUCUUGCCUCAGCAUCGUCGACCCGGGUGAUUCGGACAUCAUCAAGACACUCCCCGGUGAUCAGUGAAUCCAAACUUAGUUCAGUUGUGUGUACCUUUGCAACAACAUUUUGUCUUUUUGCUUUUCUAAAUUUUGAUUAUACCCACAAUUCUUCAUUACCCUCCAGAGGUUGCCAGUUUACACACUGUCACAAUAUAUGGUAUAGUUGUGAACUUGGUAGGA